UGAUCAACAAACAGUAAACAAAUCUACAAAUGUAGUAAUUUGUAAGAAGAAUGAAGGAUUGUUUUAAGGAAACUCUACUGUAACAAAUGGAAGCAUUCGUGGGAAGGACCGAAGGAAGCGUUGACAAAUGAGCAAGAAUUGUUCACAAAUUACUUUAACAUAUUUUGAAAGAGAAGCUUAGAAACCUUGGUAAACAAUAUUAUAACUAUAAAUUUUACGUUAUGAGCUUCGCUAAAGCACUGCCUUCUGCAGUGCGUCAGCAGAUCAGCGAGGGGAAACUGCCCCGUGCAACAUACGGUUGGUGUGUUGGUCAUUUGCAAGCAAAUAUUUCGAUUGUGCCAUCGACAGUGGCUGAUGAUUUUGAAAGAUUUUGUAACCUCAAUUCGAGUGCUUGCCCUCUCCUGUAUCGGAGCAAACCAGGCGAAGUUACUGCUCCAACUUUGGCUAAGAAUUCAGACAUAAGAACACAACUUGGAAAGUACUGGCAUAUUAAAGGUGGCAAAUUUUACAAAGAAUUGACAGAAAUCAAAUCAUCACAUGAUUGGAAGGACAUGGUGACAUUUUAUUUAGGCUGUAGCUUUGGUAUGGAGGAUGCUUUGGAUAAAGCUAACGUCAAGUUACCAUUGACAAACAAAAAUGUAUCAAUGUAUAUUUCAAACAUACCAUGUAAUCCAUCCGGUCCAUUUUCAACAAACAUGGUGGUGUCGAUGAGAUCAGUUCCAAAAGAGCUCUUGCAGGCCUUGUUUGAGGCAACAUAUGUUUUAGAUUCUUCUCAUGGGGCACCUGUGCACAUUGGUUCUCCGACAGACAUAGGGAUCAAUGAUCUGCAAAAGAUAGACCUUGGCGACCUGACUGCCAUAGCAGAGAAUGAGGUACCAGUGUUCUUUGCUUGUGGUUUUACAGGAAGUAAAGCAAUUGAGUCUGCAGGUUUACCAGAAUGUUUUUGCCAUGCACCCGGUCACAUGUUUAUCUGUGACGAAACCACGGCCUCGUUCCAGGAAUCGCAUCCAUCGCCUUACAAGGAACACGCGCCUUGCGUUGUUGAGAUUUCCGAGAACCGUGAAAAGUUCUCCGUCCUCUCCCAAAUCGCCAAAAACAAGAUAACCGAAUUGGAACAAUUGCUGCUGUACGAUAUUGGAAAACGAGGAAUCGAAGAUAUAAACGUGAAAGGGGAUCUUUUGAAAAGCUUGCUGAGCUUAUAUCAGUCGUCUUCGGUGGGCAUUACAUUUGGUUUUCCCGUUUUCGGUGACGAGGCAGUAGCGGAAGAGACGGACGGCUUGCCAGGCGCGAUUGAUAUUGCCAAAGCCCUGAGUGCUCUGGGCAAAAAGGUUAGUUUUAUAAUCGAUAAACGCAACGAAGCUCUACUUUGUAAAAUCAUCCAGAAGUGUUUGCAGUUGAAGAUUUUGAAGAAAGAUGUCCCUUUUGUUGUCUAUGAACGCGAAAAUGAUCGGAAAACCGCAGCUCUGCAGUUUUUGUACCCAAAUGGAAGGGCGAAGGAACCUCGUUUCGAUCAUAUCGUGUCAAUCGAGCGCACGGGACCAAGUAACGAUGGUACUUACCGCAGUAUGAAAGCGAAGGUUCUGAAAGAAGAUUUAAUCGCUCCCGUGGAGGAUCUAUUCUUACUAGCGGGAGAGGACGACUGUAUUUCAACGAGCAGUAUUGGCGAUGGAGGUAAUGAACUGGGGAUGGGAAAAGUCCAAAAGCAGGUGGAAGAUCACGUGCCUCAUGGGAAACAAAUUGCCUGCGUGGUGCCGUCAGAUUUCCUCAUCACAGCAGGGGUGUCGAACUGGGGUGGUUAUGCCAUUGCUGUCGGAUUGUACGUGUUGUCCACGUGCCCGAUUCAUGUUAGGUACGUGCGACGGGGGCUCGCGAAUGUCGGCGAAGAUGACAAAGGAAAGGAUGAUUUUUUGAACACCGUGGAGCAGGAAGCUGAAAUUUUGAAAAUGUUAGCGGCCGAAGGAGUUCGCGAUGGUAUAACAGAAAAGGCUGAGCAGUCUGUUGAUGGUUUUCAAUUUUAUCCUCACCAUGCUGAGCAAAUCGAAAAAUUUUUGAAGUCUUUGUAAUGGAUAUCGGCAUUGAGGCAUUUGAUCCCAAAAAACAUAAUUUGAACAUUUUUCUCUGUCUGGCAAUGUAAACAUACCUAUACAUUAGAAAUAAAUAUAUUGUAGUAAAGUGUUGACCAAUGAUUUGGUUAACGAGCCGAAAACGUUGAAUAAAUUAACGUAGUCUACGAGUACCAACAAACAUAUAUAAUUUAGUUCCAAGUCUUAUAGACUCUAAGUACAAACAAUUGGUAUUAAAUUGAUGAUGAUUAAUAUCUUCACAAAACAAGAUUAUGAUCCUGACAACAUAUUAUAUGAAUUGAAUUUUCUUAACUUCAUGUGACAUGUAAUGGACGACUUGCGGUUUAGGCUAAUUUCUUACCCCGGCGACAAAAAGGACAUCUUUGA